AUGGCCUCCCUUCUCUUCUUGUCUCUCUCCGGACUCGCGGCUGGCGCUGCUAUUCAGCAGCGUGAUCCUGUGCCUGCUGGCUAUGUUGCGCCGCCAUACUAUCCUGUACAUGCUAACAUUCCGCCAAAAGCUCCCCAUGGAGGAUGGGUGUCGGACUGGGCAGAGAGCUACCGAAAGGCUUCUCUUCUUGUUUCCAACAUGACGCUUGCUGAGAAAACCAAUCUCACAGCUGGAACGGGAAUCUUCAUGGGCCGCUGCGUGGGUAACACUGGUAGUGCCUUGAGAGUAGGCAUUCCACAGCUUUGCUUGCAAGAUGGUCCGUUGGGUGUGAGAAAUACCGACCACAACACUGCUUUCCCGGCAGGCAUCACCGUUGGAGCGACCUGGGACAAGGAUCUCAUUUACCGACGUGCGGUCGCUAUUGGAGAGGAAUUCCGCGGAAAGGGAGUCAACAUCCAUUUGGGACCAAGUGUAGGACCUCUUGGACGCAAGCCGCGAGGUGGCAGAAAUUGGGAGGGUUUUGGCUCCGACCCGGUUCUUCAGGCCUUUGGAGGUGCUCUGUCUGUAGAAGGUAUUCAGAGCACUGGCGUCAUUGCUACAAUCAAGCAUUUGAUUGCGAACGAGCAGGAAAUGUAUCGCAUGUGGAAUAUUGUUAAGCCGGGCAUUUCCUCAAAUGUUGAUGAUCGCACUCUCCACGAGCUUUACCUCUGGCCCUUUGCAGAAGGUGUACGUUCCGGCGUUGGCUCAGUAAUGAUCGCCUACAAUGCUGUCAACGGAAGCGCAUGCGCGCAAAACAGCUACAUGAUCAACGGUCUCCUGAAGGAUGAGCUCGGCUUCCAAGGUUUCGUCAUGUCUGACUGGCUAUCUCAAAUCUCGGGCGUCAGCUCAACCCUCGCUGGUCUGGACAUGUCCAUGCCUGGCGAUCGCAAUGACAUUCCUCUUGUUCUCGGAAACUCUUACUGGAUGUACGAACAGACCCGCUCGGUACUGAACGGCUCGGUUCCGGUGGACCGUGUCAACGAUGCCGUGACACGCAUCUUGGCCACGUACUUCCAGAUGGGCCAGGACCAAAAUUAUCCAAGGCCCAACUUUGACACCAACACCCAGAAUGCCGAGGGUCCGCUCUACCCUGGUGCACUCAUCUCGCCUUCGGGUGUGGUAAACGAAUUUGUUGAUGUCCAGGGCAAUCACGCCGAGGUUGCGCGUGAGGUAGCUCGUGAUGCCAUUACCUUGUUGAAGAACCAGGACAACAUUCUUCCUCUGGCCGCGAGUGCCCCACUUAAGAUCUUUGGAACAGAUGCCGAGAAGAACCCAGAUGGUAUCAACUCGUGCGCUGAUCAGGGUUGCAACAAGGGUACCUUGGGAAUGGGCUGGGGAAGCGGCAGCGCCCGCUACCCAUACAUGGACUCGCCCAUUGAUGGCUUCAAGGCUCGCGGUGCAAACUACCAGUUCUUCAACACCGACAACUUCCCGGGCAACUCGAACCCGUCUCCAAACGACACUGCUGUUGUCUUUGUGACUGCCGACUCGGGAGAAAACUAUAUCACGGUUGAGGGCAACCCAGGAGACCGAACUUCUGCCAACCUGAACCUAUGGCACAAUGGCGACAAACUGAUCAAGGAUGUUGCUGCUCAGUACUCGAAUGUCGUCGUUGUUGUGCACACUGUCGGCGUCAUCCUUAUGAACGAAUGGCAUGACCUUCCUUCAGUCAAGGCAAUCGUAUUCGCUCAUUUGCCCGGCCAAGAAGCAGGAAACUCUCUGAUGCAGGUGCUGUACGGCGAUGUCUCUCCCUCUGGUCAUUUGCCUUACACCCUGCCCAAUGCCGAGGACGACUUUGGCAACUCUGUAAAGCUUGUUGGAUACCAACUGGGUCAGCCUCAAGACACGUUUACAGAGGGUCUGUACAUUGACUACCGUCACUUCCACAAGGCCAACAUCACACCCCGCUAUGCCUUUGGCUACGGACUCAGCUACACGACCUUCUCCUUUUCCGACGCCACAAUCACCCCUGUGACGCCACUCACCAGAACCCCACCAGCACGACCAGCAAAGGGCACAACACCGUCAUACUCGACCGCGAUCCCGCCUGCUUCUGAGGCAUACUGGCCUGCGAACUUUAACCGCAUUUGGCGCUACUUGUAUUCGUGGCUUGACAAGAACGACGCCGAUGCUGCUGCGCAGGUAGGAGCUUCUCCUUCGACAUACCCCUAUCCUGCGGGAUACUCCAAUGAGCAGAAGCCCGGACCUGCAGCAGGUGGCGCACAAGGUGGUAACCCCGCGCUUUUCGAUGUGGCAUACGAUGUUGCUGUAAAGGUAACCAACACCGGCAGCCGUAGCGGCAAGGCUGUUGCACAACUCUACUUGCAGUUCCCCAGCGAGAGCACGGUCGACACACCCAUCAUCCAGCUCCGAGACUUUGCAAAGACGUCUACCCUUGCGGCUGGAGCUAGCCAGACGUUGAAGAUGCGACUGACAAGGAAGGACCUUAGCGUGUGGGAUGUUGUUGAGCAAAAUUGGGUUGUCCCUGCUGUGAGUGGUGACUAUGGGGUUUGGAUUGGUGGGUCUUCGGAUGACUUGCAUCUGAGGUGCGGUACGGCUACGGGACGUUGCCAGGGAGAUCAGACGAGCCCUGUCUGA